CCCAUCAAAUAACCGGCCCUUAUUAAAGUUCUUUAAACUAUGCAUCAUAACCAGAACACGCUGACCACUGUACCACUAAACUCCUUAAAUUAUGUUUGAUUCAUAAAAUAAUCAAAUUGUCUCCUAGAUUGGUCCGGAAAAAGGAGUAUCACAUUUGGCGGCCGCGGCUCUGAUGAAUUCUCUAUGGGAUCUUUGGGCCAGGAUCGAAAACAAACCUUUGUGGAUGUUGCUUGUAGAUAUGGAGCCUGAGGAACUUGUAUCCACAAUAGAUUUUCGUUAUAUAACUGAUGUUAUAACGAAAGAGGAAGCCGUUCAGUUGCUUAGAACUAAGAAAACUGGAAAGGAAGAGCGGAUCAAAUUGUUGAUGGAAAAAGGAUAUCCUGCGUACACAACACAAGUCGGUUGGAUGGGAUACAGUGAUGAAUUGGUGGAGCAACUCUGCAAGAAAUAUUUAAAACUUGGAUUUAGACAUUUUAAGGCGAAAGUUGGCGUCAGCGUGGUGGAUGACCUACGUCGAUGUAACGUAGUCCGCAAACAUAUCGGUGAUAAUAAUUUCUUAGUAAACGCGAACCAAGCCUGGAGUGUGAAUGAAGCAAUCGAGUGGAUGAUAAAAUUGGCGCCAUUAAAGCCCAUGUGGAUAGAGGAGCCCACUUCUCCAGACGACAUUCUGGGACACGCUGCUAUUGCCAAAGCCUUGAAACCGUACGGCAUCGGUGUGGCGACGGGCGAGAUGUGCGCCAAUCGCGUGAUGUUCAAACAAUUCCUACAGAGCGGCGGCAUGCAGUACUGUCAGAUAGAUUCAGCGAGGAUCGGCGGUGUCAACGAGAUCCUUUCAGUUUACCUUAUGGCGGAAAAAUUAAAGGUGAAAGUAUGUCCACACGCGGGCGGCGUGGGUUUAUGCGAGAUGGUGCAACACCUACAGUAUUGGGAUUACGCGUGCGUGUCCGGAACUAUGGAGGAUCGUCUAAUUGAAUACGUGGAUCAACAGCAUGAACACUUUUAUGACCCGUGCGUCGUUGAAAAUGCUAGAUACAUGGCUCCAAAGGCUGCUGGAUACAGUACACAAUUUCUACCGGAAACAUUGGAAAAGUACUCUUAUCCAAACGGAAGCGAGUGGCAGAGGAUGUUCAAAGAAGGAAUAUUCCCUUUUCCUGAUGAAGCAGAGCUGGUCAAUUCUUAAGUUAAGAAAAAUCAAUUUUAUAAAUAUUAAAAUUGUUUUAAUUUAUCUAUAAUAUGCA